AUGUCUUGCAAAGAAGAGGUUGUGGUUGGUUUGGAGGAAGGAUUGUUUCUUUUACCUUCAAACCUCUUCAAUGAGGUUUUUCUUCCAUUUCCACAGAGUUAUAGCAACUAUGAUUGGAAGCCAAGGAUGUGGUACGCGUUACACCACUAUCGCUAUGUUGGUUCUGGUUCUAUAAAGAAGCCAAGUGAUGAUAUUGAUGCAGGGCGAAUCAAACCACGUGGCACUGGAGUCUUUCUUCCUGCAAGACCCGUGAGUAGCUCACAAUACAAGAGACCCAACUCGAAGAAGAAGCAAUGCCCUAUCGUCAAACAAGUUUUUCUUCCCAAGGAAUGGGCUUAUUAA